AUGGCUUCCAUUUCCCUCUCAAGUCUGUCUUUCUCUCGCUUAUCCGCACCUCACCCAACUUCUUCUUCCCCGACCAAACGCAGAAUCAGGAUAAAAAGCUUCCCCUCCAGGAGACCAUUCAAAAUCACGACCAGAACCCUUCCAUUGUUGAAUAGCAAAUGUCGAGCACUUAGCUUUCAGGGCUCUAAGCCUGUCGAUGACGACCAUCCCUCUCAGCCGCAACCUGCUAACUCGGAAGAGCGGAAACGACCAGCUUUAUCAUCUGGGAAUGUUCUCCGGGACGAAAGAAGUAUAAUUCGGAGCAUUGCGAGACCUGUAGCAUAUGUAUUGUUCUGCAUUGUUGCUGGGUUUCUUCAGGCUCGUGGAUUGCCUGCAUCUGCAGUUGUUGCUCCUCCCGCUGCGGCGGAGGAAGCUAGGUUGGAGAAGAAGGGCAAAGAACUUGACGACGAUGAAUCUAAUUGGAAGGGGCACGAGUAUUCGGAUUAUACCAAAACUUUGCUCAAGGAAGUUUCUGGGCUGUUGACUUGCGUAGAGGAGGUAAGGAAGGGAAUUCGGGAUGUCGACGAAUUGACGGCGGCUUUGGUGGUGGUGAAGGAUAAGAAAGAGCACCUGCAGAAUGAAAUAAUGGAGAGGAUGUUUACGGAGCUGAAGGAGUUGAAGAGAGAGAAGGAGAGUUUGGGAGACCGGCUGGAUGAGAUUGUUGAUGAGGCUCAGAGGCUGAGGGGAGAGUACGAGGAUUUACUGGCGCUGAGUGAGAAAGAGAGGAUGGAUGAGCUGGGAACGAGAAUGGGAGAGGUUGAGGAGGAAUAUAGUGAAGCUUGGGAGAAGAUUGCGGAUAUUGAGAAUGCAAUUCUGAGGACAGAGACAAUGGCGAUGAGUUUUGGGGUAAGGGAGCUUUGUUUUAUUGACAGGGAAUGUGAAGAGCUGGUGAAGACGAUUAUACAGGAAAUGAGGCAACGUCCAGAUAGUUUGGAAAGUAGCUCUAUUACCAAGCUUUCGAGGUCUACAAUUCAGAAAGAACUCGAAAUUGCGCAGAGGAAGCUUCUGGAACAAAUGAUUCUGCCUCAAGUUGUGGAAGUUGAAGCUGUUGGUCCUUUAUUUGGUAAUGACUUGUUAGAUUUUGCUGAACAUGUGAAACAAGGCCUUACCCAGUCGAGGAAGCUACAGAGGUCUCUGGAGGCAAGAAUAAGAAAAACAAUGAGGAGGUUUGGUGAUGAGAAGCAUUUAGUGGUGAAGACAUCAGAAGAUGAAGUUGUGAAGGGUUUCCCAGAACUUGAAUCGAAGUGGAUGUUUGGAAAAAAGGAGGUCGUUGUUCCGAAAGCCAUACGCCUCCGUUUGUACCAUGGUUGGAAGAAAUGGCGUGAAGAGGCCAAGGCAGACCUGAAAAGGAAGUUGCUGGAGGAUGUCGACUUUGGAAAACGUUAUGUGGCUGAGAAACAGGAACGUAUUCUUUUGGAUCGAGAUAGAGUAAUCUCAAAGACUUGGUACAAUGAAGAUAAAAAACAGUGGGAAAUGGACCCAGUAGCAGUUCCAUAUGCUGUCUCAAAGAAACUAGUCGAGCAUGCUCGAAUCAGGCAUGAUUGGGGUGCCAUGUACAUUGCCCUGAAAGGAGAUGAAAAGGAAUAUUACAUCGAUGUCAAGGAAUUUGAGAUGCUAUAUCAAGAUUUUGGAGGGUUUGAUGGGCUGUAUAUGAAAAUGCUUGCCUGCGACAUUCCAACUACUGUACAUUUGAUGUGGAUCCCUUUAUCAGAGUUGGAUUUCCAUCAACAAUUUCUUUUGGCAGCAAGACUGGCUCGCCAAUGCUUUGUUGCACUCUGGAAGAGUAGAAACAUAUCCAGUGUGAGAGAGUGGCUGUCAGAGAAAAUUCACAAUAUCAACGAUGACAUAAUGAUGGCAAUUAUUUUUCCACUGAUAGAGUUCGUCAUUCCUUACCCGGUAAGGAUCCGCUUGGGGAUGGCUUGGCCAGAGGAAAUAGAUCAAACUGCUGGCUCAACUUGGUACUUGAAAUGGCAGUCUGAGGCGGAAAUGAACUCCAAGUCCAGGAAUACUGAGGAUUUUCAGUGGUAUUUUUGGUUUUGCAUUAGAACUGUUAUAUAUGGAUACGUUCUGCUCCAUUUUUUCCGCUUUUUGAGAAGGAAACUUCCUGGGCUUCUUGGCUUUGGACCAUUACGAAGAAAUCCAAAUUUGUGGAAGUUGCGGAGAGUGAGAGCCUAUGUUCAUUCGAAAAUAAGGAGAAUUAAAGACAAGAAAAAGGCUGGAGUGGAUCCUAUUAGAACUGCUUUUGACCAAAUGAAGAGGGUGAAGAAUCCUCCAAUUCCCUUGAAGAGAUUUGCCAGCAUUGAGUCUAUGAGAGAAGAAAUUAAUGAAGUAGUAGCUUUUCUGAGAAAUCCUGCCGCAUUCCAGGAAAUGGGUGCCCGUGCUCCUCGGGGAGUUCUUAUUGUUGGGGAUAGGGGAACUGGUAAAACAUCAUUAGCUCUGGCUAUUGCUGCUGAAGCUAGGGUGCCUGUUGUUCAAGUUGAGGCCCAGCAACUAGAGGCUGGACUAUGGGUUGGCCAAAGCGCAUCAAAUGUCCGAGAACUGUUUCAAACAGCUAGAGAUUUGGCACCAGUAAUCAUCUUCGUAGAGGAUUUUGACCUUUUUGCCGGUGUUCGUGGCAAGUUUAUACACACCAAGAAACAGGAUCACGAGGCUUUCAUUAAUCAGCUUCUGGUGGAACUUGACGGGUUUGAGAAACAAGAUGGGGUGGUUUUGAUGGCGACAACUAGAAACAUCAAGCAAAUCGAUGAAGCAUUGCAGAGGCCUGGUCGAAUGGAUAGAGUGUUUUAUCUACAACGGCCAACUCAAGCAGAAAGAGAGAAGAUCUUACACACUGCUGCAAAGGAAACUAUGGAUGAAGAACUCAUUGACUUUGUGGACUGGAGUAAGGUUGCUGAGAAGACAGCCCUUCUACGGCCAACAGAAUUGAAACUUGUCCCUGUUGCUCUUGAAGGUAGCGCCUUCAGAAACAAGUUUCUGGACACAGAUGAACUAAUGAGCUAUUGUAGUUGGUUUGCGACCUUCAGUACAAUUACUCCUCAAUGGGUUAGAAAAACCGCAAUUGUUAAGAAGAUGUCCAGAAUGCUUGUGAAUCAUUUAGGACUUGAAUUGACGAGGGAGGAUCUGCAGAGUGUUGUUGAGCUAAUGGAGCCUUAUGGUCAGAUAAGCAAUGGAAUGGAGCUUUUGAAUCCUCCAAUUGAUUGGACGAAGGAUACCAAGUUCCCACAUGCUGUUUGGGCUGCUGGUCGUGGUCUUAUUGCGGCUUUGUUACCCAACUUUGAUGCUGUGGAUAAUUUGUGGCUGGAGCCGUCUUCCUGGCAGGGUAUUGGAUGCACAAAAAUCAGCAAAGCCAGAAAUGAGGGUUCCCUGAGCGGGAGCAUGGAGUCCAGAACAUACCUUGAGAAGAAGCUUGUAUUUUGUUUUGGUUCUUACAUGGCGUCCCGACUGCUACUUCCAUUAGGGGAAGAAAAUUUUCUCUCUGCUUCUGAACUGAAACAAGCUCAAGAGAUCGCUACAAGGAUGGUGAUCCAGUAUGGUUGGGGGCCUGAUGACAGUCCCGCAGUUUACUAUACAACCAAUGCGGUUACUUCUUUAAGCAUGGGCAAUGAUCAUGAGCACGUGAUGGCAGCUAAAGUUGAAAAGAUGUAUGAUCUUGCAUAUUUGAAGGCAAAGGAGAUGCUGCAGCAGAAUCGUCAAGUUCUUGAGAAGAUUGUUGAUGAAUUACUUGAAUUUGAGAUCUUGACUGGCAAGGAUUUAGAAAGGAUAAUUGAAGAGAAUGGUGGGAUUCGGGAGAAAGAGCCCUUUUCCCUUUUAGAGGCUUAUCUUAGAGAGCCUGUGUCUAGCAGCUUUCUUGAAGUUAGCAAUGGGCCUGGACCUGCUCUGUUAGGUUCUUCCUAG